GGUCGGUGAGGAUCACCUCAUCGCCUCCCUGAUUGCUUGGUCAUGACGGAAAACGGAAAUCAGAGUCAGCAUAAAUGACGAAAACCUCCCCAAGCUUUCGUUCUACUUUCACCUGCAAUGUCCUCCCACUUGAUUGCCUCUCAAGACGGUACUCGCAUUUGGGCUGAUGCUGCCGGAACCCCGGGAAAGCCUCCCGUGGUCUUCAUUCAUGGUUUCCUUGGCUCAGGCCUGAACUGGGUUAAACAGUUCAAUGACAGGCGGUUGUUGGACAACUUGUAUAUGAUCAAAUACGAGACCCGGGGGCACGGCCGUAGCGACCAGCCGGAAUCAGAGGAUGCCUACGUUUCUGCAAAACAUGCGGAAGAUUUUCAGGCAGUGUGCGCUGCUUUCAAUGUCACCAAACCUAUUGUCGUAAGCUGGUCACUGGGAGGCGUCGUUAUCCCUGACGUCUUGUCUCGAUACGGCGCGUCUCCUCUUCCAGUGGCUGGGCAUGUUAUGCUCAACGCCGUAGCCUGGAUCUCCAUGUUGAGGGAGAUCCCUAGACCCUACAACGCUACCGUCAUCUCUUCGAUUCGGUCCCCACAUACCGCCGAAUUCCAAAAUGGGCUGAAAGAAUUCAUCGGAAGUGCCUUUGUCGCUCCAGGGAAUUCGAUUUCGUUUGAAGAUCAAUGCGCGUGGAUGGGCAGUGCCGUGGGUAUGAAUACGGCUGCACUGAAGUUUUCGCUCUCACGAACGCAAGAUGAAACGGCCUUGCUCUCUGUGGCUAAUGAGCUGCCAAUACUCUGUAUCCAGGGUACAGAAGACGUGCUAGUAGACGUGGAGAAACAUGAAAGUUUUAUGAAGAAACAUUUUGGGGACAAUUUGGAUUAUCGUCGACUUCCUGGGGCUGGACAUGCUCCUUUUUAUGAGCGCCCGGAAGAUGUGAGCUCCUAUAUCCUUCAGUUCGUCCAGCGCAUCUAUAAGAGUGCAUGACAAUUGCUCUCUCGAGUCGAAUACUGUUGGAAUGUCAAGUGUCGCGCAUCAUGGUGCAGU